AUGUCAGCAGAAUGGGGAAACUUGAAAGAGAUUAAUACAUUGAAGCUAUCCGGUAAUCAGUUGAGAGGAGUUAUUCCCUCAUCCAUGGUAAAAUGUCAAUCUCUGCAAGUAUUGGAUUUGGGAAAUAAUAAUUUGGAAGGACCCAUUCCAAGCAACCUCACAAACUUGCUUGCAAUAGUCAAUGCAUCACAGAGUAAUCCAAAUCAUCUGGAACAACACACUUCAGAGAAAACUGUAAUUACAAUAAAUACGGUAUAUACAAAUAACAUUGCAAUUUCAUGGAAAGGUGGGCAUGCUGAGUUUCUGAAAGUUCUUUUCAUUCUUAAAUGUAUUGAUCUUUCAAACAACAAUUUAUCGGGGAGCAUUCCUCUCAAAAUGGGAUCCCUUCAAGGCUUGAUAACCCUUAAUCUUUCUAAGAAUCAUCUCAAUGGUCGAAUUCCAAAAACAUUAGGGGGCAUGGAUCAGCUAGAGUCUCUGGACCUCUCGCUAAACAGGUUGCAUGGUGAAAUUCUGUUAGAACUUCAGUUGCUGAGUUAUUUACAGUUCUUGAAUCUGUCUUACAAUAUGCUUGAUGGAAAAGUACCCCGCGGAGGGCAGUUUCUAACUUUUGGGGAGUCAUCCUACUUAGGCAAUCCUAAGCUAAGUGGAAUUCCUUUUAGCAACACAACAGUCUGCAACAACUCUUCUGGCUAUGACAACUGCACAAGCAUUGAUACAGGUGGUGAAGCAGAUAAUUCAGAUCCUGAUAUUACAAAGCAAAAAUAUCAGUUGAAAUCAUUUGCGUUGCUUUGGUCAAUCUUCAUAGUCUCUACAUAA